GCGCAGGCGCUGUGGGGUGCGUCGCUCUCUCUGUGCCCCGACGUCGACCCUCUCCCGGGGACGCCAACCGCCUUGGAAUCUUGGGGGCUGGAACGUUCCGCGGCGAAGGGAGGAGGGGCCUUCCCCGCGCCUGAGGAGACGACGCGAGUGCGGGAGCGAGCGAGUGAGAAGAAGAGAGGAGAAUGGAAGCUCAGCAAAUGGAGGGGGAGAGUAGAAAUGAAGAGAGGAGAAUGGAAGCACAGAACAAGCAAACUCAGGAUAUAAAAAUAGAUUCAAAUGCAAACAUCAAAAAACCAUUACGUGCAAGAAAAACCAUGACUCCGAGUAGUCGAAAGCAAGUGGAAAUACUGAAAAAUCUUCACAGACUGGGAAAUACUGGAAGCAGCACCUACGUGAAAUCAAAAAUGGAUGACUUACCUAGAGAUCUUCCGUAUAAUGGUUGUAAUACAAACUCCAGUAUGGAACAGUUUUUGAAUGCCGGAUCUUUGCAAGAUUUGCUGUAUGCCUUGUAUGAAAAAGAAUGUGUUUCUCCUGUGUCAAAGCCAGUAGAAGUGCACUUAUAUUCCAAACAAGCUAGUUGGCCUUUGGACCAUUUAGAAGAGCUGACUUCCUCAGUAGCUUCUCUUACCAGCAACACACCUCCGUUAGACAAAGCCGAGAAGUCAGAGGAACUGCCCAAGAAUUGCACUAUUGCAGUAUUUGAACAAGACCGUGCCAUAGAUAAAGCAGUGGUGACAGAAGAACAGAUUGAGAAUCAAACUGUGGCCGUAUCAGAACAGGACUCUGCCAUAGUUAAAGCAGUAGAGGCGGAAGAACCAAUUGAGAAUCAGACUGUUGCAGUAUCGGAACAGGACUCUGCUGUAGUUAAAGCAGUGGAGACAGAAGACCUAACUGAGAGUCAAACUAUUCAAACUAUUGCAUUAUUAGAUGACAACAUCCAGUUCCAGGAAGGAAAUAUUCUGCCUGAUGAUGCUUUGAGGAAAAAAAGAAUUCCUGAAGGUAAUGAAGAUGUCAGUUGUAAGCGCAUAAAAUCAUCAGAUGAAACUACAGAGUCUUCUGGUACACACUUAAACAAAAUCCUGUCAGGACUAGAAAAAGUCAAGUUUUUUAUUCAGAGCAACGUUGAUAGUUCAAUGGAAAGCAUAGAUCACAAGCUACAGCAGUUAAAUAAAAGAAUCGAUCGCACGCAGUGUCUACGAAAGCACGAAGAAAUAACUAUUCGGAUUAUAAAGAAAAUAUCUAGACUGGACAGGCGAGUAAAUUCUGUAGCAAUGCACCAGAAGGCGCAGUUACAAGACAAGGCAAACCUUCUAGGUGCACAUGCAAAAAGCACCAUAUUAAAUGCUGUCAAGCCUGUUCCUGGCACUCAGAACAACCCAUCUGUACCACCGGAACGUCAGUCAGUAGAGCUUGGUGAAGCACCUUCCAGAACCACCAAAAGCUUUGCCAAGGAGACGUGCCUCAACAUGAAAACCUCAAAUAUUCAAGCUGGGAAUUCAGCAGCACAUAAUGGGAGGAGAACAGAAACGUCUCCAGAUGUACAGCAGAGAAGAGCAUCUUCUAAUGCAGACACUUCAGCUGAACACCAAACACCACACCCGUCUAAGAAUUUAUCCCUGAUUGACUUAACAAAAGAAGAUGAUACUAAUAAAGAAGAGGCUGUUUCAGUCAAACCGAGUCCACAAUCAGAAAGCAUAAAGUCUGAGCCACAUCAGCCAACGGCAGAGUCAUCAAACCAGGUCCCAGAAUCAUUUUCCCAUCUCCCUCCGCUACCAAAGAUCCACUUGAACCCAGAGCAUAUGAAUGACUUCAAAGACACCCGCUCACCCCAGAAGCUUGAACUAGCAGUUGUUCAGGUCCAGAACCCCAAAGGUGUUGCCAUCCAGUGGAACAUCAGGAGAGUGGACCCAAGGUGUGCCCCCAUUGAGAAUUUUCACUUGUUCACAUGCUUUGAGGGCACGAACAAUGGAAUUCAGUCAUCCUGGAUGAAAAGCAAACCAAUAAAGGCGUUGCCUCUCCCAAUGGCUUGUUCUUUAUCCCUGUUCACACCUGGCAAGUAUUACUUUACCAUGCAAUCCAUGGAUAUUUUCCACCGUUUUGGACCAUUCUGUGACAUUCAAUCAAUUUCUGUUGUAUAAUUUUUAUUUAUUUGUUUCCUACCUUGUGGACAAGCGCUCGCCCAUGUAUAUACACAUGUGCACACAUAGGUAUGUAAAAUGCAGACAUAUUUUACCAUUCCCUUCAGCGCCUCAGCUAUCUGUCUGGAAACGUCCUAUGAUCCAAAAUGUGUUGGAAAUUUCACGCCUUCAAAAACUGAUGUAAAAAUGGUUCUCGUUCUGGUUGAAAUUGUCAGUUGCAGUCUCGUUUGUAUAAAGAUUUAGAAUUAUGAAGCAGGAUUGAUCAGUUGUUAUGUUUACCUUUAUUAGGCGGUCAGAUAUGUAACUAUGUAAAAACUGGAUAUAUGUAUGUACAUAUACAUACUAUUUUACAUAAACUCAAAAGUAUAAAAUGA